UACCCGCCAAAAGCCAAGCCAUAGAAAACCAGGCACAUAAGAAAUGAAGAGAGCUCGUCGGUUCAAGAGAGUCGCCACCAAGCGGCCAAUACUCUCAAACCCACCCAGGGAUGACGACGACGAUUCUCCGCUGAGUCAACCCGAUUCCUCCCCAAUCCCACAGACUCCUCCCGGUAAUAUGACCAUCUUACCCUACACGUUCUUCCAGAUUGACGCCCUUGACCUCGCCCCGCGUUUGCUCGGCAAGUUCCUCCGGAGAGACGAUGUUGUUCUUCAGAUUACUGAGGUAGAAGCUUAUAGACCAAAUGAUUCCGCCUGUCACGGCCGAUUUGGCAUUACACCAAGAACUGCCCCCGUGUUUGGACCAGGAGGGCAUGCAUAUGUUUAUCUUUGCUAUGGUCUUCAUUCGAUGCUGAAUGUUGUUGCUGACAAGGAGGGAGUCGGCGCAGCUGUCCUAAUACGUGCUUGCUCUCCAAUUAGCGGAUUAGAGACCAUACAGCAACGUCGAGGGCAGAAGACUAGUAAGCCUGUUCUCCUUACUGGACCAGGAAAGAUCGGUCAAGCCCUGGGACUUUCUACAGAAUGGUCUAACCACUCCCUCUACACUCCUGGUGGUCUGGAAAUCUUAGAUGGUCCCAAGCCUGAAAACAUAUUGAUAGGUCCGCGUGUAGGCAUCAACUAUGCUUUACCUGAGCAUGUCAAUGCGUUGUGGAGAUUUGCAAUCGCAGGUACCCCUUGGAUAAGUGCUCCAAAGAACACUCUCAGGCCACCGUCAUCUUAAAUUAUGAGAAGCUUGAAUCCUUUAAAGGUAGUUUUGGAGGGAGAAAAAAAAGGUUUCAUGAAAUUAUGUAUUCUCUAAGCCUUUUGCUUGUUUCAUGUAUGUACAUGAUCAUGCACAUAUGUACUUGGAAACCUUUUUACUCACUUUGAGAUUGAACUUGAAAGAUAUUGUUUAAGUUCAGUCAUAUAUAAUCAGUAGUUAAACUAGAUGAAAUCAAGAGAGAU